AUGGCAUGCAGAACUUGCCUCUGGCUACUAGGGACAACAUUUUUUACUUGCACAGUCCGCCUGGUUGUUGAGGGUACGGAGGUGGGAGCAACCCAGGGGUCGCACCCGGAGCCAGGGGUGGUGGGAUCAAACCACAGCCAGGCUGGAGGGGGCCAUGGGUCCAGCAUCUCAGGGAUACAAAUUGUGACCUUUAAGUGGCACCAUGUGGAAGCCCCCUACCUCAUCGCCUUAUGGAUACUUGUGGCUGGGGUAUCCAAGAUGGUGGUCGAGCUGAACCACAGCCUGACCAGUGUGAUCCCGGAGAGUGCCCUCCUCAUCCUCAUCGGUUGGAUCCUGGGCGGCAUCAUCUACGGGGCAGACAAGAUGCAGACCUUCACCCUGACACCCACCGUCUUCUUCUUCUACCUGCUGCCCCAAGUCAUCCUGGAUGCGGGCUACUUCAUGCCCAACAAGCUGUUCUUCAGCAACAUGGGCGCCAUCCUGGUUUACGCUGUGAUCGGCACCUGCUGGAACGCUGCCACUGUGGGUCUCGGCCUCUGGGGGUGCUGGUUGGGCGGGGCCAUGGGUGAUAUCGACAUUGGUCUCCUUCAGUUCCUGUUGUUUGGGAGUCUAAUUGCUGCUGUGGACCCCGUGGCUGUAAUUGCUGUGUUUGAGGAGGUCCAUGUCAACGAGGUCCUGUUCAUCAUGGUGUUUGGGGAGUCCCUCCUCAACGAUGGUGUCACAGUGGUGCUGUUCAAUGUGUUUGAUGCAUUCGUGUCGCUGGGAGGGGCAGAAAUCGAUGCUGUAGAGAUCAUUAAAGGCAUAAUCUCGUUCUUCGUGGUGGCAUUCGGAGGCUCCCUGGUUGGUAUUAUCUUUGCUCUGCUGAUCUCGCUCCUGACCAGAUGCACAAAGAACAUCCAGAUCAUCGAGCCAGGCUUCAUCUUCAUCCUAGGCUACCUCUCCUACCUGACAGCUGAGAUGCUCUCGCUAUCCGCUAUCCUGUCGAUCGUGUUUUGUGGCAUCUGCUGUCAGAAGUAUAUCAAUGCCAACAUGGAUGAGAGGUCGGUCACCACAGUACGAUACGUCAUGAAGGUGUUCGCCAAUGGCUCAGAGACCAUCAUCUUUGUCUUCCUCGGCAUCUCGGCCAUAGAUCCAGCUGUAUGGGUUUGGAACACAGGCUUCAUCCUCCUCACACUCCUCUUCAUCUUUGUGUUCAGGUUCAUAGGGGUCUUUCUCCUUACCUGGAUUUUGAACAAGUACCGACUGGUUCCCUUGGAGUUCAUUGAUCAGGUGGUGAUGAGCUAUGGUGGCCUGCGAGGGGCAGUUGCCUACGGCCUUGUGGCCAUGCUGGAUGAGAAUAAGUUCAAAGAGAAGAAUUUGAUGGUCAGCACCACCCUCAUAGUGGUGUACUUCACUGUCAUGCUGCAGGGAAUAACCAUGAAACCACUGGUCACUUGGCUGAAAGUGAAGAGAGCAGCUGUGACAGAACUCACACUAGCUGAAAAAAUACAGAAUAGGACCUUUGACCACAUGCUUGUCGCCAUAGAGGACAUUUCUGGACAAAUAGGACAUAACUACAUGAGAGACAAGUGGCAUAACUUUGAGGAGAGGUGGUUGUGCUGGUUCUUGAUGAAGCCCUCUGCCAGGAAAUCCCGUGACUACAUAUUCAACAUCUUCCACCAGCUCAACCUCAAGGAUGCCAUGAGCUAUGUAAAGGAGGGAGAACGCAGAGGCUCAUUGGCGUUCAUUCGGAAUGAGACCAAGGCCGAUGUGGAUUUCAAUAAGAAGUUUCGUGCCAGUUUCUCUGAGAUUAUGCCUGACAUCAUGGCAGAUAAUAUGGGACCGGAUCAUGUUCCACUCUCCUCUAUCUUACAGGACAUUGUGCCCUCUGUCUGCCUAGACAUGCAUGAGCAGGACCUGACAAUGAGGGAGUCAGAGGACUUUAAUGCACACCAUCUACUGCAGCAGCACUUGUACAGAGGCAGGAAACAGCACAGACACAGGUACAGUCGGAGCCACCUCGAAACCAACAGGGAUGAGAAUGAGGUGCAAGAGAUCUUCCAGAGAACAAUGAGAAGCCGUCUAGAGUCAUUCAAGUCCGCCAAAAUGGGUGUCGCCCCUGCCAAGAAGAUCCAAACCAAGCAUCAAAAGAAAGAUAAACCACAAAAGGUCAGGGGUGAAGGCACUUUUUCCCCCUUCCUCUGUGUCCGACCUCAUAGCCAUCCUCUUAUAGGCAAUGUAAUGUGUAUGUUGUGUAAUUUCAUGUUAUGUCAUUUUUAG